CAUCACAGAUCUCCAGUGUCAGAUCAAGCCCAUUGAAAACACGAGCUUCAGUACAACUGCAACAGAUGAAGAGACCUGCUUCAGUCAGAAGUUAAAGGAAAAUGGCUGCUUUAUGAUGGGUAAAGGGAGACACAAACUAUUGACUUCUUCAGCAAUCUCAGCAAAAUGAAGAGACCAUUCUCUGCUGCUGUUUUUCUUUAGAGAAUCCCCCGAACACGCAGCGGGAGAGCACAGUUUCUCCUCGACUCGCAGUGAACACAACUCAGAGUAUUAUUUUGGACGCCACGGCUCAUCCUGAUGGGCUGCCUCAACCUCACCAGCAGAAACGAGACUUUGCCUGGCAAGCAGCCCUUCUCGGUGCAGACCUCGGUGAUGCUCACCACCCUGGUGGGGAUGCUCAUUUUACUAACCGUGUUUGGAAACGUGAUGGUAGUGAUCGCUGUGAUUACAAGCCGAGUCCUGAAGGCACCACAGAACUUGUUUUUAGUCUCUCUGGCGUGCGCAGACAUUCUGGUUUCCACCUUGGUGAUGCCCUUUUCCUUAGCAAAUGAGCUCAUGGGUUACUGGUACUUUGGCAGAGUGUGGUGUGAAAUCCACCUGGCUUUGGAUGUUCUCUUUUGCACUUCAUCCAUCGUUCACCUGUGUGCCAUAAGCCUGGACAGGUACUGGUCUGUGACUAAAGCCAUUGAGUACAACCUGAAACGAACGCCCCGCAGGAUUAAAUGCACAAUCUGCUUGGUUUGGGUGCUUGCCGCCUUGAUUUCAUUUCCUCCGCUCAUCACAAUGACAAAGAAGGAGGGAGGGAAGGACAACCCUGCAUGCAAGAUCAACGAGGUGAAAUGGUAUAUCAUAUUCUCGAGCAUUGCAUCCUUCUUUGCACCCUGUAUCAUCAUAAUUAUGGUGUAUGUCCGGAUCUACCAGGUCGCCAAGAAAAGAACCAGAGCCUCGCCAAAAGAGCGGCAAAGAGAGAACGGCAAUUUAGAGAACACCCAAUUUGAGAUGGACCCCGGAGAAAAGCAAGAAAAAGAAAUGGAUGAGCUGAAAGAUAGGGAAGAGGUCUAUGGGCUGGAUGUGGAAGAAGAGCCGUCCUCCUCUGACGGGAAUGAAAACAUCCUGUGUUCCCUGAUGAAAAAGAGGAGCGGGAGAACACCAAAAGUGACUCAGGUGAAAUCUAAAGAAACUUGUGCAAAGGCAGAGGACCUGUCCUCUGUGAGGGCGAGCAAGUGGAAGGGACGGCAGUACAGAGACAAGCGCUUCACCUUCGUCCUAGCUGUGGUCGUGGGAGUGUUUGUUCUUUGCUGGUUCCCCUUUUUUUUCACCUACACGCUUGCGGCAGUUUGUGACACGUGCUGCAUCCCAGAGACACUGUUCAAAACCUUCUUCUGGUUCGGUUACUGCAACAGCUCACUCAAUCCGGUAAUAUACACCAUAUUCAAUAAAGACUUCAGAAAAUCAUUCAAAAAAAUUCUUUGCAAAAGAAACACAAGAGGUUUGUAAUUAAAACAAAAAACAACAACAAAAAAUUGUGGAUUAUGCUUGUUCUGCCAUCUGUAUUACAAUGUUGCGGCAUGCCAGUUUAGAGUUUUGAUAUUGUAUAACUGUGACAUUGUGGGUGGCUAUUUUUGAAAAAUGUUACAUUAAAUGUUCAUGUUUAUCAUAAUUAUAUUAUUGUCAUGAAGAGUACAAAUUUAAAAUGACACAAAUGUAUCAAAGCAUGACUUAUAUCUGCAUGCUACAGUGAUAUAAAUCUCCUAAUAUUUCAAAGUUUAUAAAUAAACAUAACUUGGCACAUUAUUUAUAUCUGACACAAUAGUGAUUCAGGAAGGGAAAUUAAAUGCCAAAAGAUGCAUAACAGACCUGUAACACUUACAUAAUCACCUCGUCAGAGCUGUCACAAUAGUAUUCGGGGCCCUAAUCAUUUUAAUUUGGGGCCCCAUUUUCAGGGCCCCAGAUGGCUAGUACCUUAGCCUUCACAACACCAUAAAUCUGCUUUAAAUUAGAUUUAACAGCAGUAAGCUUUCACAGUUCACUAGCAAACCAACAAUUAAACUGAGUAUUUGUAUUGCUUCAUAUUGGUUAUUAAAGUAAAACCUGAAAAUGCAGUAGGUUACAAAAC